UCAAAAACAUAGGCAAAUUUAAAAGAUUUUAAACUUUUAAGAAUAUAUUUGGUAUUUUACUUAUUAUAAGUUUCCUAAAGAGAUAAGAUAUCUGAUCAAUAUUAAAUUUACCCUUUACAACUGUUGUAAUGAACUCGUUAUGUCUACCCUAAUGGCAUCAUUCAUUUGUUUGUUUGUGUUUGAAACAUACGACCACUUAUCGCAACGAGUACAAUUGCGAUGAUAGCACUUCGAAGUUAAUACAGACGUUCGGAUCCAACGAUAAGCGUAGAGAAAUUCUCGCAUGCAUAGUCUGGCUCAGUCCUGUUUCGGCUGCGACUCGAUUUGCGUGCCAGUUCAAAAGUUGAACGAGUUCUAUCAGCUAAAUCACGAGAGCCGCGAUCGCCGGGGUCACCUUCAGGCCAAGAUUGUUUAAAUUCCUGCUCAAAGCAUUAGAUUAACACCUCAUCACUCCACACACGCUGUAUGUACAAUUUUUACAGCUCAUUGCAACGCCUAGACGCGUUAUACUGUGAAGUCAAGCUUAAGGAACGCAAAUUCACCCUCUAGAAUUGAAGAAUACAUGGAUUCCCAAGGUUCACCUGGAAGCAUGAAGUUUAUUGAGAGGGGUCUUUACAAGGGCAGGGGGAUUGCAGUGCUUACAAGUGGUGGUGAUUCCCAGGGAAUGAAUGCAGCUGUACGUUCUGUAGUCCGCACAGCUCUAUACCUAGGAUGCAAGGUUUAUUUCAUUAAGGAAGGCUACAAAGGCAUGGUCGAUGGUGGUUCAAACAUCGUCGAAGCGGCCUGGUCGUCCGUUAGUUCCAUAAUUCACUUGGGCGGUACUAUUAUCGGAACAGCGCGAUGCAUGGAGUUCAAAGAACGCGAAGGCCGUAAAAGAGCCGCCCACAAUUUAGUCAAACAUGAGAUUAAUAAUUUAGUGAUUAUCGGAGGCGAUGGAAGCCUCACCGGGGCCAAUUUAUUCCGCGAAGAUUGGCCAGCAUUGUUGAACGAACUGCUAGCCGAGCAACUGAUCAAUCAAGAUCAGAUGAAGAAAUGUGCGAAUUUACAGAUUGUAGGCAUGGUCGGAUCCAUAGACAACGACUUUUGCGGCACGGACAUGACCAUCGGUACCGACUCAGCACUACAUCGUAUCAUUGAAGCUAUUGACUGUAUUGUUGCCACUGCAUAUUCACAUCAGAGGACAUUUAUUCUAGAAGUCAUGGGCAGACAUUGCGGUUAUCUCGCCCUUGUGGCUUCGCUCGCUUGCGAGGCUGACUUUGUGUUCAUUCCGGAAGAUCCACCUACGGCGGAUUGGCCUGACAAAUUAUGCCGUAAACUAUCUCAGCAACGCAAUGAAGGAAGACGUCUGAAUAUAAUCAUUGCUUCGGAAGGUGCCAUUGACAGACAGGGAAAUCCAAUCACCGCAGAAGAAAUAAAAAACGUAAUUGUAAAGGAGCUCAAACAAGACACCAAAGUCACCGUCUUGGGUCACGUGCAGCGCGGUGGUAAUCCUUCAGCCUUCGAUCGUGUUCUUGCAUGUCGCAUGGGGGCUGAAGCAGUGUUGGCAGUUCUUGAAGCCAAUCCUAAUGACCAGCCUUUAUGUAUAUCUCUUGAUGGUAAUCAGAUUAUAAGAUUGCCUCUCAUGGAGUGUGUGCGACAAACGCUGGCUGUUGGUCAAGCACUCGCCAAUAAGGAUUUCGAAAUGGCUUCAAAACUACGUGGAAUUUCAUUCGAACGGAAUCUGGAAAGCUACAAAUUAAUGUCGAGACUAAAACCGCACAGAGACCAACAAACCUGUAAUCUGAAGAAAACUCGUCCUUAUCGUUAUGCAAUUGUAACUAUUGGUGCCCCUGCAUGCGGUAUGAACGCGGCCAUCUUUGGCUUCGUGCGUAAUGCGAUCUUCUGUGGCGAUAUCACAUACGGCGUGCUGGAUAGUAUCGAUGGUUUGAUUCAGGGUAACUUCAAGCGAUUGGAGUGGGCCGAUGUAGACGGAUGGGUAUCUACAGGUGGUGCUAAAUUAGGCACAAGACGCGUUACUGCUGGGAAAAAUAUUGCGCAAAUUGCCCAACAGCUGGAGAAUUUUCAAAUCGACGGUCUAUUACUAAUCGGAGGUUUCGAGGCGUAUCAAAGUGCUGUAGAAUUGUUGGAUGCAAAAUCAACCUAUCCCGUGUUUCGUAUGCCAAUUGUAGUCAUUCCUGCCACCAUUAGUAACAAUGUACCUGGAACAGAGUUCUCUUUAGGCGCGGACACUGCGCUGAAUGAAAUCUCUGAGAUUUGCGAUAGAAUUCGACAGUCGGCGCAAGGCACCAAACGGCGUGUGUUUAUCAUUGAAGUGAUGGGCGGAUACUGUGGAUAUUUAGCUACAUGCGCUGGUCUUGCAGCCGGGGCAGACGCAGCGUACAUUCACGAAGAAAAGUUUUCGAUUAAAGAUCUACAGGAAGAUGUUUAUCAUAUGGCAACGAAAAUGUCUGAAGGUGUGCAGCGUGGUCUAGUGCUGCGGAAUGAACUUGCAAAUGACAACUACAACACUGAAUUUAUGUAUCGGUUGUAUGCCGAGGAGGGUAAGGGCAUUUUCAGCACCAGGAUGAAUAUUCUCGGGCAUAUGCAGCAGGGUGGACGGCCGAGUCCGUUCGAUCGGAUAAUGGGGACGAAAUUCGCCGCUAAAGCAGCAAUGUGGAUGCGGACAGAGGUUGAUAAACGCAUUGGAUGUCCAUCUUGCACUGUGGUAAACAGUUGCGUUUUACUGGGAGUUCAGAGAAGGCAGUAUCAAUUCACACCGGUUUCUGAUUUGAAAUUGGUGACCGAUUUUACGCAUCGUACUGGUGUUGAUCAUUGGUGGAUGAAACUCCGACCACUUUUACGUCUCCUGGCGAAACAUGAGUCUGCGUAUCAGGAGGAAGGUGUGUAUAUGACCGUUGAACAAGUACUCAGCAAAGUUUUCUAAGUCCAGUGUGUAAGGCAUAGUUUAACACUCAAAACUAGUUUCACUUUUUAGAGAAUAGUGCAAUAGAUGCUCUGUUAACCUGUUUGUGCACGUCCCGCGGAAGAAUUUUAAUACAUAGCAAGAAAUAUAUACAAAACAUGUUUAUUAACAUAA